AUGGUUGUUCUUCGGGCUCAAGUAAUUCUUGCUGGUAAGAAAUAUAGGUGUAAAAUGUUCCUCACUUCGAGAAAUCCUUCAUUAUUUAUAUGAAUUUAGGUUUGAUACUCGUCUCUGCUAAAGCUGUAAAUUUUGUUACUCAGGAGUUGUAAUGACGCUUUUUCGGAGCGGAAUAAGUUCUGUUUGUUUUUUGUACGUUGUAAAAAGCCCGUUGAUUUUGUCCCGUAGGUGACCCUGGUGUGGGAAAGAGUGCAUUAACACAAGCCUUCCAUAGUGAUGGAACGCAUUUUCCUAAAAACUACACUAUGGUAUGUUCUCAAACCCCAAUUUAUUCUGCAAAAGGUACAUGUAUAAAGUAAUUGGGGUCAAAGCAGGCAGUGUUUUAUAUUUCCACUGUUAAUGCUUGAGUUGGCAGUUAUUUCAAUUACAGAAUAGAGGAAUCACACAGGAUAAUAAGGGGUAGUGAUAUUUGGCAUAAAUACCACGAGUGAUAUCUCAAAAUUGUUAUACGAAAUUUCACGGGCCGUUAGGCGAGUGAAAUUUGAUACAAUUUUGAAAUAUCAUAAGAGGUAUUUAUGCCAAAUAUCACGUACAAAUCAUGAUAUUAUUUGUUUAUUCUAUUACCCACAAAAGGUUUGUAAUUUUCACAUGUAGGUUUUUCAAAUUAAGCUGAAAUACCACUGCUCUAAGCCAAUCAAAUUGCAGAAACUGGCCACUCAAAAAAGGCUAUACUUUUAAAACAGUGGAUAUGUGCUACAUGCCACUUAACCAUGAAACCAUGCAGCAGCUUAGCCACAUAGCCACGUAGUCACAGAGCUAUGAGGCCAUGUAGCCACAUAGCCACAUUAACCAACAUAACCUCAAAGCCACGUAGCCACCACGUAUAUACCACCUGAUUUAAGCCCACCACAGCAUUUAAUGCCACACAGUGAUGUACCCAAGUAGCCAUGUUUUUUUUGUGUCCACCCUUUAAGUGGCCAGGUAUACUGCAGUUACUUUAACGGUUAAAGCGAUCGCGGUCUCCAGCAUAAAACUGAAGUCUAUACAUAGGCUGAUCUCCAUGUCAUCACCCUGUAUUAUCUUGUAUGAUUACCCCAACUAGGAUGAUGGAUGGUUAUAUAGAAACCAGCUUAUGUACAAACUUUGGUUUUAUUCAAAGAUUGUAAUUGCCUUAAUCAUCAGUGUUAGGAUUCAACUUUAUUAACCCAUUCGCUCCUGGAGAUUUUGCCGAAAAACGCGUUUUGAAGCUAGUCGAGUGGUUUUCUGGUCACUGUCGUACUAUAAAGAGCUAAAACUUACCACAAACCGGUUUACAGGUCGUACACUUCGCGGCCUUCUGAUCCAGAUGCAAAAUAUCAGCUUGCGAAGUUGGGGCAUGCGCAGAAAGCAAAAUUUUGAGAUAGUUUUUGGGUUUAAAAGUGACACAGCAGUCUUGACUUUUACUUUUCGCUUUCUCUCCUCCCUUCUUUUUUCGCUUUUCUUGCCUCAUUUUUUUUUUCUCUUGCUGGGCAUUUAGUAGGCUUCAUUUUGGUGGGAAGAGUUUUUAGGAAAGCUUUUAGGAUCUUAGGAUUAGGUGAAAGGAAAGGUAGGUGGGUAAUGGAACAAGAUUUUCAUGGAGAUUUUCAGGUCCUUGUCACGUGGUUUUUUGCUUCUUUCUCCGGUGUCCUUGACUGAAUUGUGCUCAUUCUGGUGUGGUUUGAAAGAUCUCUUCACUCUGCACAAGUUAGCGAAGAAAGUUGUCCUUGACCGUUAAAACUGAUGACGUCACAAAGGGUAGAAAGGACCUGGAUCCGCACGGGCGGUUAUGGGCGGUUCAGGGGCGAAUGGGUUAACUGACACAAAAGGCAGCUGGAAUUUCAAGAGUUUACUGUAGUGCAGAGUCGUAAUGCUUCAACAACUUACAAGAAAAGUAAAUUGAAAAUAAUCUCACAUGAUUGGCUUACCUAAGUCACAUGAUUGUGUGACAUAAUAAUGUUGCAAUGAUCAAAAUUGUCCUUCAUUGCAUUCUUUGCUUUAUAUGGACAUAUGAUUUUACUAAUGAAUAGCUGUUCUUGUAUUAUUUUAGACAACCGGAGUUGAAGUUUGUGUAAAGUCAGUCAAUAUCCCUGAGACCUCGGACAGUGUUGUAAGUUUUCAUCAUCUCUAGCAACUUAGACUGUGAGCAGUCUCCUAUUUUCUUCAAAGCUACCACGGCAACAUGUGCAAGCCAUGAGAAAGAGGGCGGAAGCCCAAGGAGAAAGAAAGCAAAAAGAAUAAAAAAAAGUUCUCUACUGUCCUUCUAAUGCACUCACUGUCACUAUAAAGAGAAAAAGGCAGACUGCUAGCAGUCUAUUAUCAUAUACUUUUGAUGUGUUUUUCAAAGAACAUUUUUGAUCAAAUCAAUCUGUUUCCAUUCAGUUGUUCGGUAACUUCUGUUAUAAAGUGGAAUUAAAUUAAAUUAGAUUCUUUGUGGCAUUGGGCAAGCAAAAUGCGAGAGCUGCUGGCCCAAAGGACAAGCUGGAAUUCAAGUUCUUUUCGAGCCAUGUUUCUAACCCCAAAACAGGUUUGCCUGGUAAAUAAAAUUCCUUUUGGUGAGGAAACCUGCUCAAGUUUGGCUUGAUUGCAGAUUGGUUAAUUCCAGUUUGUAUUAGAAUAUAGAGAGGUUAGUUUGGUCCAAAAUUAUUUUUAAAUCCUGUCUUUAUUUUCAGGAACUGUACAUUUAUGAUUCAGCAGGAAAGGAAAUGUUUGCAGACAUUGUACAACAGCAUGUAAGUGCCACUUUUUAAAAUGCAAAUAAUAAAAUCAGUAUCCAUCUUCUUUUCACAUUACACAGGGUGUUUCAAAAGUGUAUUCCAAUUUUUUCUUUGCUUAAAUUUCAUUGAUUACUAAAACUACCUAGCCUGCGAAAACAUCCAUCCAAAUCUGGUAGUCAUGGGGUUCCAAAUAUAACUUUGUCCAAUUUUGCGUGUCUUCUGGUCGAUUUUGGUGAAAUUAAUGUUGUGUUCAUCUGCCAACAAGCUCCAGCAAGACUCAAAUGCUUCUUCUAGAGAAGAUGCAAUAUUAUUAUUCCAAAAAUAUUGACUGUUUUGUUAGAGAUUCUUGGUGUUUACAUUUGGCCUGUGUGGCGUUUUGUCUUUUGUCUGUCUUUCAUGAACAAUAGCUAAAACAAUGUAACUGCUCCGUCAACAAAUCAGCGCUUCUGACCGAAUUCCGGACAGAUUUUACGUCAUCAGUAUGGAAUUUCUGUCGCUGAGUCGCAGACGUUCCUCUGUGCGAAACGUCCCCAGUGAUGAAGAGCAAGGAGAAACAUGUUUUCGCAGGCUAAAAACUACCUUUUGUAAAAUUAAGUAUGUUAUUCCUUAUUCAUUUUACAUUGAGUAGCCAGCUGACAUUUUAAUUACCAGAAAUGGCCUCCUAUAUUUUUAGAACAAACAUUUGAAACACCCUGUAUUUGCUGAAAUUAAAUAUAAAGGUCAUGGGAAUAACUUUGGCAUGAUUGUUAAACAAAUUCUCCUUAUAGGUUGUUUUAGAAACUUUUAAAGAAAAACAUACAGAAUAUUAAAGUAUAUUAAUAUCAACUUUAAAUGAUAAUUUUUAAGUAUUAAAAGACAAAAACUUAUAAUUGCUCUCAUAAUGGACUGUCGAAGAUCUAGUUCACGUUGUUUGAUAGUGGAUAGGGCUAUCCAGGGGAUAAAUUUUUAUCCAGUGGAAUAUUUCAAUUUUUAUUAUUGGUUUCCCAAAUACUUAUCCAUUGAAAUAUAGUGAUUUUAUAUUUGGUGGAUAGUGCUAUCGACCCUUUGAACAACUGGAGUCUGGUGAUAUAACUUCUAUUUUUGUUAUCAUGUAUAAAUAAUUAAAGUAAUUUACAAUACUGUUGUGGUUUACAGUGGACACAGCCAAACAUGUUCCUUGUAGCUUACGAUGUUACAAAUGAGCAAUCAUUCAAUGCCUGUAACAAGUGGUUUGAGAGGUGCCGAGCAAAGAGGCCAAAUCAAUCAUUACCUGGUAAGAUCGCAAAUAAAAGUAACUCUGUUUCUCUGUCUACAACUUUUCUCACUCAUGGAAGUGACAGUAACAGGAAAUAUUCAAGAAAAAUCUGAUAGUUUAAUUAUUAUUUUAAAAUGUUGGCUAAGAACAGCACCAUGUGAAAGUUAGGCGACAUUUUGUGACACCACCACUGUCAACACCCCCUCCGUAGAUGACGCCUGAGGAACAAGCGCAGAAAUUCCAUACUGACGAUGCAUGCGACACUACCCAGGUCAGGCUAGUGCUUCUGAUUGGUUGAAGUAAUUAGGAAGGCAUUUCAUUAUAUAAUGCUUAUUAUUUUAUAACAAACUUCUUUUAAUUCUUAUUGAAGGGGCUUUGGUGGCCAUAAAGACAGACCUCAAGCAAAGAAGAGCAAUAUCUACAAAACAAGGGCGUGAUCAAGCCAGCUCUAAAGGACUGGAAUACUUUGAAUGUUCUGCAGUAAGUAUCAAUUUCACCUGUCUAUUUUAUGCAGGGUUCGUACUGAAUCUUGAAUUCUUGAGAAAGUCUUGAAAUUUGCUCAGCAAUUUUCCAGACCUGGAAAAAGUCUGGAAAAUAGAGAUAAAGAGUGGGAAAAAUGGUUUAUUUAAAGCUACAAGUGCUUUUUUUAUAAGUGUCUAUUUUAUUCAGGGUUCGUACAUAGUCUUGAAUUCUUGAAAAAGUCUUGAAAUUUACCCAGCAAUUUUCCAGGCCUGGAAAAAGUCUGGAAAAUAGAGAUGAAGAGUAGAAAAAAUGGUUUAUUUAAAGCUACAAGUGCUUUUUUUAUAAGUGAUUUUUUUUCGUUUCGGUCAAAUCGUAUUCAAUCUCGUCCGUAUGUUUGCCGCGCACCACGAAAGAAGCUUUGUUGCCGCCUUUUUUAAGAUCUCUUUUGAUCACCUAUUGGAUAACCUUGCUUCUGAAAAGAGAUAUUAUACUUUUGGAACAAAGUCUGGAAAAAGUCUUGAAUUUUGGAUCCAAAAAUACGAACCCUGUUUAUGGGAGCAAGGAUAGCGCCGCAAUCAUCGAAGUUUCAAAUGAAAGUGAAAAGAGAGAAAUUUCAAGCGAUCUUCUUAAAGGGAAAACACUAAGAAAACGUGAUCAGUGUUUUUGUAAUUUUUCGACAACGAAAAUAGAACUUGCGAAACGUCGGCAGAAUUUUUUCGAGUUGCAACCCACUUUCAUCUUGGUCAGGAAAACCAAAGACAGGCACUUAUAUUUUAGACAAAGAAGAGUAUCUUUAAACAAAACUUAACCAUUAUCUUAAGGUUUUGUUUCACUGCAAUGUGUUUUGUGGGUUUUGUGAUAUUCCAGUACCGAAAAGUGAGUUAACUCUCCUGCCUUCGUUAUGACACAGACUUUUAAGCGUCCAUGACUUGUUUGAACUGUCUUUAUAUCUCUCCUACUAAGAUGUAACCGUAAUUUCUACUUGGUCACUAAAGCCAUACGAAGGUUGAACCAUCUGUAGUACAGUCUGCAACAUUACCCUCUGCUGACUAGCGGGUUCUCUUCCAAGUGGGCUAACUUCACCUUUUUGCCUAUUUCUGGGGUUUUUAUUGUUAAAUUCCAUUUUUCUCCCCAGAAAGACCAGGAGAAUGUCGAAGCCCCAUUUUACUACUUGGCCAAAGAAUUUCACAACCUUUACCACGAAAAAAUCGAACAGAUGAAGACAAUGACAUAGUAAUUUAAUAUAAGCUUACAGUGUAACUCUAACUCCUAACAAGUUAGUCUUUAAUUUGUACAAAGGAAACUUCCCUCGCCGUAUGUUAUGAUGCAGCGAGGUGAUAGCCUGCGAGCAAGUUUUACGCGAUGAUGGAAACUGCCCCAAACGAAACUUGCUCUUUUACACAGGCUAAAAGAGAACUUGUUAUUCUUGAUGAAAAAGCACUUUUCAGGAGAUUUUAAGUCAGGCUUAUACGUAUGAUGAUCUAACUGGCAUCAGCAAACAUCGAAAAGACUCAAAACACAUUGUUUGUUCAUAUUAUCUGCGGGGGUUUGGUAAAAGUGCCAAAAGAAAAUGACCCAUAUUGUCCUUGCAAUUUUGCACGUUUCUACGAAGAUUCAUCUCUUAGAUUUUUUCCUUAAUUAAGUGUCAGCGCUCGACAAUUUUUUUUUUACUAAAUCUCUUAAAAUACAGUUUUCACCGCGAGGGAGCUCGAAGUUCUAUGACGAAGAUAUUGAAGUUGUUUCACCAAGGACUUCUCUCCCACGUCGUUAGUUCGGGCUUAAAUUUUUAAAAGAGUGCUUGGCAUUUUUCCUUACUAUUUCGCGGCAUGAGUUUAUUUGUAAACAGAGUGCAGCAUUUCACGUUUGAUAUAUAGUCUUUGAAAUCAUCUUAUUUAUUCAGGCUAUUUUCACUCUACACACCUUAUAGCUUUUGCGCAGGCACGAAACCCGUACCGCGUAAGGCUUUUGUUCACACAUAAGAACGGUGAUUUCGGCGCGAUUUCUGUAACGGAGCGAAGGUACGCCGCGCCCAUCUCUAAAGUAGAGUGUCACAUAUCGGAGGUGUUCACACUGUGCUAGAUAGCUUUUAGUGCCGGUGCGAAUAGCCUAGGCGCUUGGAAGU